AUGGAGGAGGAGUCGAUGUCGGGACACAGCUGUUCUGAGGACGAUAUUAGUGUUGGUCGGCCAUCGCCGGCGCCGUCGCGAUCUCCUUCACCUCACGAUUAUUUUAGACCACUGAAGCGCUUGAAGAUGGCUUCCGAGCCAGCAGAGGAAAGACGAGGAGACGGUGUGAAGAGUUUUUCGAUUUUGGACAUUUUGUCUCACAGUCCGCGCACUCCGCCGCGUAUAGUACGUCCAUGGGAUGCUUCAGGGUUCGAGAGAUUACAGCGGCUGCAGCGGUUGGCUGGUGCUGCGUUGCUAGAUGGAGAAAGAUGGAGGUUGGCGGCUCUGGGGCUGUUGAGGCCGCGAGACAUGGCACCAGCUGAGUGCUGUGAUUCUGCUUCCGAAAGAUCCUCGUCUGCGUCAGACUGCUGCUCGGAGCCCCGGCGAGCGCCACAGCAGGGCUCAGCAGCACCACACACUCCUCUCGAUGCACUGUUCCACAUGACUAGCAAGACAUUCGAAGCCAAUAAUCCUGACAAUGGAGGUAGGUUCCAUUUGUACACACACUUGUUUAAAUGGCCAAUUUGA